CGCGGGCCGGGCCGGGCCGAAGCGAGCGCCGGGCGGGCAGCGGCGCCAGAGCGAGUGGAGCCUUCGGGGUCCCCGGGUGGCGGCGGCGGCGGCGGUGCAGAGGAGGAAGGCGGCGGCUCUCCCCCUGCCGGCGCGCGACCCGGUCCGUCUCGCGAGCUCGCGCCGGUCCCGCGGCCCGGCCCGGCCCCGGGCCCCUCCGUCGCCGCCGCCGCCACCGCCAUGGCCCGGCCGCUGGUGCCAAGCUCGCAGAAGGCGCUGCUGCUGGAACUGAAGGGGCUGCAGGAGGAGCCGGUGGAGGGCUUCCGGGUGACGCUGGUGGACGAGGGUGACCUGUACAACUGGGAGGUGGCCAUCUUCGGGCCCCCCAACACCUACUAUGAGGGCGGCUACUUCAAGGCUCGCCUCAAGUUCCCCAUCGACUACCCGUAUUCCCCACCAGCCUUCCGGUUCCUCACCAAGAUGUGGCACCCAAACAUCUAUGAGACAGGGGACGUGUGCAUCUCCAUUCUCCAUCCCCCAGUUGACGACCCACAGAGUGGGGAGCUGCCCUCAGAGCGGUGGAACCCCACACAGAAUGUCAGAACCAUCCUCCUGAGUGUAAUUUCGCUGCUGAAUGAGCCCAACACCUUCUCGCCUGCCAACGUGGACGCCUCGGUGAUGUACAGAAAAUGGAAGGAGAGCAAGGGGAAGGACCGCGAGUACACGGACAUCAUCCGGAAGCAGGUCCUGGGGACCAAGGUGGACGCGGAGCGCGAUGGUGUGAAGGUGCCCACUACGCUGGCCGAGUACUGCGUGAAGACCAAGGCGCCGGCGCCCGACGAGGGCUCGGACCUCUUCUACGACGACUACUAUGAGGACGGCGAAGUGGAGGAGGCCGACAGCUGCUUUGGGGAUGAAGAGGAUGACUCUGGCACCGAAGAGUCCUGACCCACGUCCCUGAAAUAAACUUACAAAUUUUACCUCAGCAGGACCCGUGUGGGCCUCAGGCGACAGACUACCUCACCGAGGUUCCAUGUGGGCUCCCAUCCCAUGAUCCUUAGGUCCUCUUACCCCGUAUUCCCCAUGGGUUUUCCUCGGCUUUGGAGAAGAGCUGUGGUGCAGGGCAAACACCCCACUCAGCUUUCAGAUGAUGACAAGCCUGGGAGGCUGGGGACCGACUGCCUGGUGGGGAGCCAGAGACUCCAGCCCAGCCCAAGGAAGGCCAGCACCACAGUCUCCUCUCUGCUUUUGGUGUGUGUGAAAUAAAAUAAAAUAGCUUUCUGAGAA